CGUACUGUUAUUUUUUUAGGAAAAAAGAAGUCAUAACAUAAUAGUUCUCAAGCUCAAAUGUAAUCGUUGCGAGAAAUUAUGGUUAUUUGUAAAUAAAAUUGUGCUAAAAUGUAUAAUCAAUUUACAAGCAUUCGAUCAUCUGUUAUUGAUGAAAUAAGUUUAGAGGGUUUGGAUGGCAUAACUUGCGAAGCUUUAUGGACUAGAUUAUCAGAUCGUCUUAUAUUGCCGUUACCUCUGCCAGAACAAUUAUGUAGCCAAGUUUGGUGUUAUGUAAAGGCUUCAAAAGAAAUUGAAAUCUAUGAAUUACCCGAAGAACGAAAUCGUUUCGUAUUAUUUGAUCGAUAUGAGUUAGUGGAUCCACUUUUGGGAACAGUUAUGGAACCAGCUGUUUUACCACCAGUGGUUUAUAAAAAUCAUCCCAUUCAUGACAAAAAAAAUAACAUAAUGGGAUCAUGCUCAACAUAUAAUACCAGAGUCAAUAUUACAUUGGAGGCUAAAGAAAUGACUUUAGAUGAAGCUUUAAAAAGGUGGGGCAUGAAGUUGGUGAUGGUGGCCGAUCAACCAACACGUAACAAAGUAUUAAUGGGCGGUGAUUUUUGUGAAGAUAUAGAACUUUCACUUUUGCAGUACUGUAUUCUUGAAAGGAUUGGACGAGCUCGAUACCAGGGAGAGGUGACAUUAGGAAAAAUAUCUUUGCAAGAUAUGAAACUUGAUGCAAAAUCUUUGUUUUAUCAUCGAAAAACUUUAAUGAAAAAUAAAUUAAUUAUGAAACAGGUUCAUUACCAAAAGUCUGGUUUUCAAAACUCAUCUGGUAGUUUAUUGCAUCUUCCAAGAUUUUACGUGGAACGUAAACCAAAAGCUUGUUAUAUGACAGCAGAGGUUGUAGAGAUAUUGCGAGAGAAACCAAAUUAUAUGGCUGAAUAUGAUGAAAUUAAAAAAAGAAUUGGUUUAGAAAGCAGUACCAAGAAAUUGUUUAAAACUAGUGAAUUUCAGAAAUUUGUUAGAACUGAUGUACUCUUGCCUUAUAGAACAUUGUAUCCGAAUGCUAAAAUUACGGAAUGGAAACGGAAAGGCAGUGAUGCCGAGAAACAAAUUCGUGUUUUACAAUUAAUCGAUCCUGAUGUCGAUGUGUUAGAUUCUUGGACUAACGAUGAAGAUCAGGAACCCACUAGUGAAGAAACAGGAUUAAUGGAUUAUUCCCAGUUAUCAUUAAGUCGCAGUUUAUUGUCUCAAGCAUACCAAAUGAUUGAGUUGGCUGGACCAUCUGGUGUAACUCAAACAGAAAUUGGAAAGAAAAUGGGUCAAUCGAAAUUAUGUUCUAGGAUGAUUUGCAGAAGACUGCUUUCAGCUCAAUUGGUUUGGACAAUGCUGGAGGAUGUUGGAAGACAAAGAGUAUCUAAAUAUGUAUCAUGUAAGUUCAAUGAUUCCAAUAUGGCUGAGGCAUUUAAAUCUGAAAGGCAGAAGAUGUUAAAGUUUCUAUCAACCACAAAGAAGUUUGUACCUGCUUUGCAAUCUUCACCAAGCGAUAAUACUGGAAUUACACAAGGGGUUGAAGUAUUGCAAUCUGAAGAUCCAAUUUUAGGAUAUGAUCACUUGACUGAAGAACUCCUAUUGUUAAAUGAUGAAAAUUCAAAUCCGGUCAGAGCUUCUUCACCUACCGAAAUGGAAGAAGUCCCUAAAAAAGAUGAUGUUGAAAUUAAAUUUAUUGAAACCAAGGUGAAUCCUGAUGUGAAAGGUUAUGCUUUAAAUACUAUGGAUUGGAGUAUCAGUGAUAGCAAUAAGAAGGAUACUUCUGGAAUAUCCUUUAGGUUAUUGAAAAGAGCUAAUAUGAUUAUUCAGAGUGUUCGGGAACAUCAAGUUAUAACAGACUCAUCAAAAUUAAUGAAGCUCAUUCAGGAAGAAGAAGUUAAUGAAGGAUAUUUCGUGAAAAUUGACAAAAAAUCUUUGGUUCGAAUGUUAAUGAAAUUAUCUAAAGAUGGGUAUCUAAAAAUUAUUCAAGCAAAACUUGAAUCCAAACGAAAGCAGAAGAUUUUGACAUUUAUUUGUGAAUGUGAUGUAACAGCCAACCACUCAAUAAUUGUAUCAGAACUAGAACAAGCGAAAAUGAAAAUGUUUACUACGCCGCCUGUGAAAAUAAUGAAGGAGCCCGGCAUUGUGCACAGUGAAUCUGAAAGAGAACCAAGCUUUACAUGUGAAACAAUUGCACAAAGCAGAAAUGAAUUAAAGAAAAUUGCAACGAAUUCAAUAAACAGAACAAUAUUUUAUGAUGUUAAAAUUGCUAAGAAAUAUGGUUAUCAACCAAAAUUGGUACGAAUGAAGAUACUUCAUAAUUUGCUAUAUCACCUUAUUUAUGAUGAAAUUGGUGAACCAUUAUCUCAGCAAGAGUGUCACGAUUUUUUGGAAAUACAGGGUUGUGAUAUGAAAUCAGAUAUUAAAUCUGAAUUAGCCCCUAUUUACACAAAGGAAAUAUCCUGGAAAAUGUUUAUCCCACCUUUGCCAAAACACAGUGGGUGGCCAAAGGGUUGGACAUUAAUGUGCGAUGUAUUGCUUAGACUUCCAUUAUCAAUAUUUUUGAAAAUUUGCAAUAUUUCGUAUCAGUUGCCAGGCAUAGAUUCUUAUUUAGAUCACCCAAUAAAAAAACAUUAUUUGAUCAAACAUCUGCCUAUGGAUUUGAGAAAUGACUUAACUAUGGCUAGAAAAUACAUAUUUUCCAUACAUGAGAUAAUACAAAAACUUUGUUAUAUUGGGCUUGUCCAAUUCGGACCACAGAAGUUAAAGGAAAAGGAUCAAGUAUUUCUUUAUUUAAACAAACGAGCUGUACUUUUUGACACCAGAUCUUCAGAACCAGGAUAUCACUUAACCAAAGAACAGGAUUUUCCUCGUUUUGAAUAUGAAUUCAGAUCUACAGCGGAUGUUGAAAAAUAUUGGUGUGAAUUUUGGGAUAUAAGUGUGCAUACAAGUUUAGGAUUGAGAAACACCUUAAUGGGACAACAAAUAAUCAUGGAAAAAAUAUCUUACAAAGCCAUUUUGCAAGAGUCUCUAAAGGCUAAAGAACCAGAAGAAGCUAUUUUAGCGGACAUUGGGUACAUGCCGGGGGAUAGACGUGGUGCCGCUGGCGUGGAUUCUUCAAUGUUUUCCCACCUUAAACGCAAUUGGCAUUGGACCAGUGUCUCUUAUGGUGGACAUCAGAAUUUCAAAAAAGAAGACGUUCAUAGCGUUCGAGAUGCUCAGCUGAAAUCAGUGCAGAAAAGUGUAUCGUUAAAAGAUUUACCGUGUCACAAAAAAAUUACUGCAGCCACUUUGCAGAUCGGUACCGGAAUGUUAGUAAAAUCAAAAAAACGAGCUGCAGUCAAAAAGUCUAGUAGUGUACCUUUCAUUAAACGCAUAGUAAAGAAAGAUAUAGUUCGUGAAAUAGCUCCACGUAGACAGAGACGUAAACCUGCUAACUAUGAUGAAAUAGACAAACAAGCUUUGCAGAGGAUGAGCAAGUUGAGAGUAGACUGGCAUCCCGAUGAAGAUAGGUUGCUUCUGCUGUGUAAAGUUGGCCUGAUGUAUUUGUUUCCUAAUUGGAGAAGUGUUACCAUUUCUGUGUAUAUUGUACGCGAUAUUUUAGUUACACACUCAUAUAAUAAAACAUCAAAAGCAUGUCAACGAAGGAUAUUAUACAUAAUGAAAAAUCCACAGACAGAAAGUAGUGUGCGAUUAUGUUUAGAAGAAAUUCGAUGGAUUCCAGAAAUCAGUAAAAACUUUGGAACGGAUUAUAUAAAAAUGUUUCGUGAAAAAUCUGUAAAUCAUGAUGAGUAUGCAAAUAAAGUAAAUGUCCAUUACGUUGAGUUGGUAACGGCAUUGCGUAGAAUAUUUGGAGGCUUCAGUGUGAACUCAGGACCAUUCUCUGGUAUAUUGCCACGGACUAUACACGAAUUUCUAGAAAAUUAUAAUAUUAGAACACUUUCUGAUUCGCAAGACAAAGACAAAUAUUCAGAGCCAAAUACUAUUCAAGACAUUCAAAGAUCUGUAAUACAGUGCAUAAUUCAUAGUUCUUUAUGUUGUGUUAGAGAUAAAACAAGAUGGAAUUAUCAAUUAUAUAACAUAUAUAAACAGUAUCCAGAACAUUUACUCAGGUCUAUGUUAGGAAAGCUAAGAAAUACUUUUAUGGUUUCAGUAAAAAAGAAUGCAGCUAAAAGUUCAUUGAAAACAGGCAAUCUUCCACUGAGCAGUGCUCCUUUUCAAUUAUCUAUUACUUAUGAAAAUCAAAUGAGGUCAAAAUACCUUCUAUCGACUUUCCAUGAAAGUAAUGCGAUGCUGCGCAAACUUCUGGACCAAUUUAAUUCCAAGGAAGAAAAAGGUGUUUUUGUGUCUGUUACUAACGGAGGAUCAGCAGCGAGUUUCUCAGAAUUAACUUUAAAUUUUGGUGUCAGUUAUGAUAUUUGUGUGCCUGAGCAGGUUGUGAUAUUAGAUCCUAGAAUAAGCGAGCAUGAUCCCACAUAUGAGAGGAUAUUGAAAAGAUAUCAUGAUCUUCUUCAGUCUGCUGGAAAAAGUGCUAAUUCAGAACAAAGCAACUUUGAUUUUGAAGAUUCUGAUAAUGAAUAUAUUGGAAAUGAAUUCAGUAAUACUGAUAGAAAUUCUACUUCAAUGACUGAAACACAAAAUGAUGAUUUGACAAAUGAUGACAAACUAAAAGAAGCAUCAGAAGCUAUUUUAACUUCACGAGGUCGUUUGGCUUUAUGGAUGAUGCGUUUACAAGGAGCAGAAUUCGAUCCAGAAUCUAAACAACAUCUUCAUGAUUAUUUUGUUGUGAAUUCAUCAAAUCUCUAUAUAUCUUUUAUGGAACAAAAUGGUAAUCCCCCAUUAGCUAACGAAAUAUUAAAGAAUAAUAAAAAACAUUGGGAAACAUUUUUUACUAACUUAAGAGAAUCAAACGAAAUUAAAAUCCAAAUAACGAAGGAGCAGGAUGAGAUAAUUAACGCAUUUUCUGACAUUGAAGCUGACAAAAUAAAUGAGAUUGUUACGAUUGUAAAAAAUAUUAUACAACUUGUAAAAUCAAAAACUUUUUAUGGGGUAACUAAUAAAGAUAUAUUGACACUAUUGCAAUCCAUUACCAUGAACAAGCUUCCUAUGAAUGCAUCAGACCUCAUAAGUCGUUUAGUCAAACAACAAUUGAUUUUGCGAGUGGGCAUUUGUGAACCUAGAUAUAUUCAUAAAUUUCAUGCUUCACCAUGGCUUGUACAAACUACCAAAGUGCUCCGACUGGAUCGCGAGAAAAUGUUUAACGCAAAAGACAUCUUACAUAGUUCAAGUGGUAAAAGAAAACGAAAUAUAAGUAGGUCUAGUACGUCUGUUGCAAAAAAACGAAAGGUGGAAGAGCAGGAAUCUGCAUUGGAAAUGGAAGUUGAUGAGCUUGAAACUACAGCAAGCAUAGAUGAUUCCAUCAACCUCCCACAAGAGCAACUUUCACAAUCAAGUAUACUAGAAGAAAGUAAUACUGAGGAAUCUCAGGAAAGGACGGUCUUAGAUGAGUCUACAGAGGUUCGUGAAGGUGCUCAGUAUGUAGAAAGUGCAUGUGAGCAACUUAAAAUUACUAUUAGCCCUUGGAUAAGAGUGGAUGGUAGUAUUAACAAAAGAGUUUUAGAUCAAUGGUUAAGUACAGUUUUAAGUUAUUGUUUGUCAUUACCGGGAAUUUUAUUGCAAGAUGUGCAGAAAAAGUUCAGUUUUCAAUUACCAUUUCAUACAAGGCAACUUGUUGAGAUAUUGGUGCAACUAAAAUGCUUAUAUCUCCAAAAAGUUGUGCGAACAGAAGUUAAUCUGUUUUCAAAAAUGUCUCGGACUACAAUAGAAUCAGCAAGUGGUUUAGAAGAAGCAGGAGAGAUGAUAAUCAUGCCAGCUGAAGAUGCUGUUUUAAAGUUUGGUGUUUUUAUAGGUGACAGAAUAUAUGCAACUAGUUUUUUAACUCAUGUUAAAUAA